GUGUAUAAAAGUGUGUGAGGCGAGCUGUCUACAGUUGAUAGCUCGACAGGGAGCAUGUACCGCUCCCAUGUGUCUCUGUAUACCCAGGGCCAGGGCAGUAUGGAGGGACGUCUUCACCAUGUGGUCCUGCACGGUGUGUGUAUCACUCUGGCCAUGGUUAGCCAGGUGUUCUCCGAGACCUUCCAUGUUCUAGCAUCAGGGACCAACUCUGGUGGUGAGUGAAAUCUACCAGAAUGCUGGUCCAGCUCUGUACUACAGUGCACUACUGUGAAGGCAACAGGGACUGUGGGUUAGCAGACAAUCUGGAUAAACAAGUACAGUGGCUAGUGGAUGUAUCCUGAAUGCAAUGAUAUGAUUAUAAUGCCACCAUUUGCAGAGUCAAGUUUAUAGAGUUAAAGGCUUGAUGUGGUCAUUGCGUGCUAGGAACAUGGGACCAAAUACUAAACUUUUGACUACUUUUUUAAUACACAUUUUUAGGGGUGACAAUCAUUUUGACCUCUACCUUUUUGAGGGGGAAAAUUAUUACUUAUUAAACAAAAUCUAUUUCUCUGAGCUAUUGUAUUAGUAUAAAAUAAUUUAAUUUCCCAAUUAUUUUAGCAUACAAUAUAGCUCAGUAUCUGAAUUAUUUAUUUUAUACAGUCAUUAUUGCUAAUCUUUAUCAAGGGUGUCAAUAAUUUCGGACCCCACUGUAUAAAUUAUAACUUUGUCACUUUGUCAUAUUUAAUGACUAUUUUACCCAAUAUGACCUGUAAGUGAUAUCUCCUGCAGGGAUGUUUCAAAUGCAUAUACAGUAUGUCACCAAAAGGAUCCCUUUGAGAAGAUAAGUUGUUAUAACAACUUGUUUCACAUCAAUGUAUCCACAGUGGAUUGACUUUAUGUAACGAUAGACCUUUGGUCUGCCACGCAUUCCAAAUGUCACAUUUUUACAGCCCAGCAAUGAAGAGAAGCCAGUGAUUGUAUGUUUAACUCACCAACUACAUUACAUAAGCAGAUGAGUUGAUAAAAGCACUUUCCAGAAACUUAUGAAAGGAAAUUUUGAUGACUGGAGGUAACGCUACCACUGAGUUUUCAAACCCAGAGACACAACAUCGUGAUACUACCGGGAAUGUGUUGCGAAGGAGACUCGACAGACCAGACUGGGGUUUGGGGUUUGGCAAGUCAAUGGGAGAAGUGAAAAAUUCAUCCUUAGUUGUUAAUUUUCUCCAAUUCUAAAGGCAAAACCUGUAUUUAGCCAAUGUCUUAAGUAGCUGAACCUGUCAUUACUACAACCUUGUGAAAGUGAAAAACGUUUCAUUUUUGUCAAAAACAACUUUGUAUCGAAGGAGUGCCUCUCAUUUGACGGCCUGCACAUGCGCAGUUCUGCGCAACACAACCGUUAGACCUGGUGACGUGUUUCUGUGCAUGAGCUAUUCUAGCUAACACCACCAUGACAUCACCUAUAACUGUGAUCAGGGAUUUCUAUUGGAGAAGCAGUUUCUGCACAUCUUCAUACUGUACUGUCUUUGAUGUUACUGCUCAUACUGAUGUAUUCUUCAUCUCGCUGGUUUACGGUGUCCAUAUUAGGACACCAUACUCGUGAAUGCUGUGGAUCUGUACCUAUGCUAGGUGGCAACCACUAAAGUAUUUCCAUUGCCAAUAGGAUAGGCUGGCUUGUUAUUCACAAUACAGCUUCAUCUUCACAUAGCCUAUACUGGUAUUACAUUGCAACACUAUACUUACUGUUAGACACAGUAAGUGUAUGGUGUCCAUAUUAGGACAGCCUCAUUAUGGAUUAUAGAGCUCGCUAGUUUGUAGUCCUAAAAAACAGAAAUGAGUUACCUCUGGUUCGUUUAGCCAUUCCUAUGGGGGAAAUUAAUGAAGAAACUAUGGGGUUUUGGGAUAAACGCCGGAAAUAAGAUCUGAGGUUAACACAGGCUUAGGAGAUCUUAUAUGUUUUGUUCUAUGAGAUAAUAUCAGUGUCACGAAUGUCUGUGGAAUGCGGUAGGCCAGAGUCAAGCGCAGGACACAGAAUGAAAUGAAGAUCCACUUUACUGAAUAGUAAAGAAAUACAAGCAAAACCUCCACACACAGGGAGGAGCAAACCCGCUCACAAAUGACACUCGCACAAGCAACAAACACGCACACCACACAGUGGACGUGAACAGGUUAAAUAGGGAAGACCAAAAUAACAUAAUAGGGAACAGGUGUGCAACAACAGACAACAACCAGGUGAACAUAGAAACAUAGAACAUAGAUCGGCAGCAGCUAGUAUUCCGGUGACGACGAACGCCGAAGCCUGCCCGAACCAGAAGGAAGGGCAGUCUCGGCAGAAUCCAUGACAAUCAGUCAGUUAACAUGACCUUUAUGAAUUCUGAAGCCUUUAUGUGCUUGUUUUUAUUUGAAAAAAAAUAAAAAAUUCACACAAAAAGACAUUAGCUGAUGAAGAUUAUCUCAAAGAACAAAACACAUAGGAUCUCCUAAGCCUGUGUUUACAACAAAAAAAACAUUGGAGGCCAUGGAGGAGUCAAUGCCUACAAAAAGACGCCAUUACUAUUGCUCUCUAUAGAGUCCCUUUACCAAACAUGCAAUGGCUUUAUUCCCUAGGUCUGUUUAGGACCACAAUGGAUAAUGUCUCGGAGUCCUUUCCUCUGGAGGUGACCAUGGACUGCUGGGCAGACAACACCUGGAUCAUGCUCCGGAUAUGGAGCAGUGCUUGGCUCAUACACUCUCUCUUUACUGUGUUCCAGAGGUAUCACACACACACACACUCUCUCGCUCUCUCUUGCUCUCGCUCUUGCUUUCUUUCUCUCUCGCUCUCUCUCUUUCUCUCUUUCUCUCUCUCUCGCUCUCUCUCUCUCUCUCUCCUGUCCUCUCUCUCUCUCUCCUCUCUCUUUCUCUCUCUCUCUCUCUCUCUCUCUCUCUCUCUCUCUCUCUCUCUCUCUCUCUCUCUCUCUCUCUCUCUCUCUCUCACCCCCCACUCUUCCAAAGGUUAGCUGAAUGCCUAAGUGAUGAAAAUUAAAUGAUGAGGAAGUACAGCAUGUGUGAUUUAUAUCAUUCAGUUGUGAUUGAUGUUCUCUGCAUGAAAGGAAUGUGUUUGGACCAGUCUCCUGCAACCCUGAGAUUCACCCUCCGUCAUUCUAUCUGAUCUGGACUGUGAUCAACGUAGCAAAGAUCACUUGGCUGUUUCUCUGGGACAGGCAGUAAGUGGUUUGGCACUUUUUACAUUUAAAUGGGAAGUUUUAAAAACGUACUGUUAGAUGGUUCCUCAUCCUGAAAGUAGUCUAUGGGCCAGGAUAAACUCUAAUCCAUGGCUUAAUUUAUUUAAACAGCCACUACAAACUUCAGCUAACUUUGGUAGUUGCUGUUUAAAGACAACCUAACCGUGGAUUACAGUUUUUCCUGGCCGAUAGACUACUUUCAGGGUGAGGAACCCUCUAACGUUCAAUUUUAAAGGCCCAGUGCAGCCAAAACGUGAUUUUCCUGUGUUUUGUAUAUAUUUCCACACUAUGAGGUUUGAAUGAUACUGUGAAAUUGUUUAAAUGAUGAUAAUACCCUUUUAGUUUAAGAGCUGUUUGAAAAGACCACCUGAAACUUCUGACUGUUUAGGUGGGAUGGAGUUGUGGCCUGCCUGGUGACAUCACCAAGCGGUAAAUUAGAAAACAGACCAAUAAGAAAGAGAGAUCCAAACGUCUCUGCCAAUAACAGCUAUUUUUCAGUUUCCCCUCCCCACUCAGACCACUCCCAGACAGUCUUAUCAACAUUUUUGCUUGAGAAAUUGCUCUAUUUUUUGACCAUUUUAAUUGAAAACAAUCAAAGUAAGGUACUUAAUUGUUGCCCAGAAAUUAUUAGAUAUUGAGAUGAAAACGGCUGCAUUGGAACUUUCGAAUACUAAACUUCCCCAUUAAGAUACAAAUUUUUGGAUUUUGCAAUAUGACAAAAGAAAUACAGUGAGCCUAUUUGCAGAACCAAGUAAGACAAUGCUAAAAUAUGGAACAUCCUUUGUGUUUUUACAGUGACCUUCUACCAUCCCUGUUUUUUAAAUGGGUUAUGCCAGUUCACAGCUUCCAAAUGCUGUAUGUGUCCUACCGAAACCUGCACAAUCACAGAGCCUGGCUGGCCAUCAAUAACCCUAAAGAACCCUGGUGGACCCGCUAUCUGGUGAAUUCAAGAUCUUAUCUACAUAUUGAUGUCAAGAUGUAGCACAGUUGCUUGUUUUUAUCAUGCUGCUGUUAGUCAAUGAGCUUCAGGGCAAAAUGACCUUAUGUAACCAAGUUGAAUUGGUUAAACUUACUCUUUAGCAUGAUGUCAAUUCAACGUCGAUUCCAUGUUGGUUUAACGUAAUUUCAUUGAAAUUUCAUUGAAAUGAUGUGGAAACAACGAUGAUUCAAACAGUGUGUGCCCAGUGGGAUGUGGAGUGUAUUCAGAAAGUAUUCAAACCCCUUGACUUUUUUCACAUUUUGUUACGUUACAGCCUUAUUCUAAAAUGGAUUUCAAAAACUAUAUCGUCAUCAAUCUGCAAACAAUAGCACAUAAUGACAAAGCAAAAACAUGUUUUUGAAAUGUUUGCACAUUUAUUAAAAACAAAAACUGAAAUAUGACAUUUACAUAAGUAUUCAGACACUUUACUCAGUACUUUGUUGAAGCACCUUUGGCAGGGAUUAAAGCCUUGAGUCUUCUUGGGUAUGACGUUACAAGCUUGGCAAACCUGUUUUUGGGGAGUUUCUCCCAUUCUUCUCUACAAAUCCUCUCAAGCUCAGUUAGGUUGGAUGGGGAGUGUCGCUGAAAAGCUAUUUUCAGGUCUCUCCAGAGAUGUUCGAUUGGGUUCAAGUCUGGGCUCUGGCUGGGCCACUCAAGGACAUUCAGAGAUGUCCCAAAGCCUGUUGGAAGGUGAAUCUUCGCCCCAGUCUGAUGUCCUGAGCUCUCUGGAGCAGGUUUUCAUCAAGGAUCUCUCUGUACUUUGCUCCGUUCAUCUUUCCCUCAAUCCUAACUAGUCUCCCAGUCCCUGACGCUGAAAAACAUUGCCACAGCAUGAUGCUGCCUCCACCAUGCUUCACCGCAGGGAUGGUGCCAGGUUUCCUCCAGACGGGACGCUUGGCAUUCAGGCCAAAGAGUUCAAUCUUGGUUUCAUCAGACCAGAGUAUCUUGUUUCUGAUGGUCAGGGUCCUUUAGGUGCCUUUUGGCAAACUCCAAGCGGGCUGUCAUGUGCCUUUUACUGAGGAAUGGCUUCCGUCUGGCCACUCUACCAUAAAGGCUCAUUGGUGGAGUCCUGCAGAGAUGGGUUUUUUUCUUCUGGAAGGUUCUCCCAUCUCCACAGAGGAACUCUGGAGCUCUGUCAGAGUGACCAUUGGGUUCUUGGUCAUCUCCCUGACCAAGGCUCUUCUCCCUGAUUGCUCAGUUUGGCUGGGCAGACAGCUCUAGGAAGAGUCUUGGUGGUUCCAAACUUCUUCCAUUUAAGAAUGAUGUAGGCCACUGUGUUCUUGGGGACCUUCAAUCCUGCAAUAAUUUUUUGGUAACCUUCCCCAGAUCUGUGCCUCGACACAAUCCCGUCUCAGAGGUCUGCGGACAAUUCCUUCAACCUCAUGGCUUGGUUUUUGCUCUGACAUGCACUGUCAACUGCGGGACCUUAUAUAAACAGGUGUGUGCCUUUCCAAAUCAUGUCGAAUCAAUUCAAUUUACCACUGGUGGACUCCAAUCAAGUUGUAGAAAUAUCUCAAGGAUGAUCAAUGGAAACAGGAUGCACCUGAGCUCAAUUUCGAAUCUCAUAGCAAAGGGUCUGAAUACUUAUGCAAAUAAGGUAUUUCUGUUUUUUAUUUGUAAUACAUUUGCUAAAAUCCCAAAAAAUCUGUUUCCUCUUUUGUCAUUAUGGGGUAUUGUGUGUAGAUUGAUGAGGGAGAAAUUUUAUUUAAUCAAUUUUAGAAUAAUGCUGUAACCUAACAAAAUCUGGAAAAGGGGAAGGGGUCUGAAUACUUUUGACUGGUACUGAAUGUGCACCAAAUUUGUGAGAAAUGUGCUUUUAUUGCAUUUGGAACACUUCUGGGAUCUUUUAUUUCAGCUCAUGAAAGAUGGGAUCACCACUUUACAUUUGGUGUUCAUAUUUUUUGUUCAGUAUAAAUACGACUAAAUAAUAACUGGUUCUUAUACAUCAGCGGUAGAGCAUGGGAGUAAAACCAAAGAUAAGGUGCAACAACAAUCCUUUAUUUUCUGCUUUUUGUAGUUCACAAAUGCACAAUAAUCCGUUUCAAUUAGAGCUCAAAUGUUGUACUACAGACAGUGAUUGCGUUUCUAGUUGUUGACAAUAUAAAUGUGUUUCAAUCAAAACAAGACAGUGUUGCAACACUUACAGGAAGACAUGGCCAGGGAGAUGGAGAACGGUUCUAGGUGGACUAAGGGCAGUGCCAUAACACACAUUUUACAAUUGAUUAUACUUACUUUUGAAUAAAAACCACCACCACUCCCAUCCUUCCAGAGCAUGCCAAUCAUCUGACAGCCAACCAUUUAUACUAGACGCCACGCCGUUAAUAAAGAAUAAGGAACACCUGUGCUAACAGGCCAUGAGGCUUCAUUCAAGAGCUCAUGCCUGUUACAUAUUUACCCCCCAAAGUUUUUAGAUGUUUCCUCACAUUUCAAGACACAAAUACAAAAAAGAAGACAAGGCAAAUAAAGAAUAUAAAGGUCAAAAAAACAUUCAAAAUAUCAUCUAAAUAAAGAAUAAAUGUAUUGACCAAAUAGGCCUAAUGAAAAAGCACACUUUGAAAAGCAAAAUACUGCAAACCAAUACUUAAAUAAAAUAAUACUGGAGGACCAUGCGGUCGUAGAAGGGAACUGAGUCAUCUUUUCUUCGACAUUUCAGACCGCCUCAUCACACCAUUGCCAGUAUGUUCGCUAAGGGGACUGUCAUAAUGCUCCAAAACACCAUUUUGCAACACAUGAACUUGGACACACAUACUGGCAAUGGUGUGCGAGAUACAGAGGUGGUUGGUUUCACGGGACUGCUUACACACUACAGCAUAACCGCACGGCAGAAAUACUGAACUCGGCCCCUCUACGCGCAACGACGUAGGCAGCCAUGACACUCGGUGCCAGAAUGCCCUCUUAUGCCGCAUUCAAAACAACUGGGAACUCAGAAAACAACGAGCUCCAACUGGAAAAAUAGUUUAGAGCGGUCAUCCAACUUGGAAUUCCAACUUCGAGAACUCCGACUUACGAGAGCUCCGCCUUUCAGACCUGAAGAUUACUGACAUCAUGAUUUGACCUUGUAUUUUUCAGAGUUCCCAGUUGUAUUGAACACACCAUAAGUAUCACCUCCGACUUCCCUUAAGGAAGUGGCACCAUUCACAAAAUCUCACACACUCGCAUCCAGCCGCUAAGCCGCGCAAUGGGACGGCAGUGGAAAACCCAGCCAUUAUGGCCACCCAGUGCCCCUCCUCAGCGCACCUCCGUCCCCAAACCCAUAUUCACAUGGCACACAAGGCAUUAGAGCCUCCACUAAAAACAAGGCCAACCAGGGCCACAUCACAAAUCUAAAUGCACCAAUACACAUUCUAAAAACAGAUCCCUUACCAAUGAAUACUAUGUCUUGUUUCAUAUGUCUUUAUCAUGGUCCCUCUGAUCUAACUGUGUUGAUGUGUUGAUGUUUUGUGGGGCAGACCCAGAACGGACUGGCUGUAUUUGGCUGGUGGACACUCCUGGAGGCCCUGGUCAGUCUGGGAGUUGUGCUGAGGUACCAGGCUGGGCUACCUGAUCCUCUGGUCAGCUCAAUGGUGCUCACCCUACUUCUCCUGGGGAUGCUCAUCUGGUAAUGACUGACAAUAAAAUAAUGAUGGGCCCAUACAUAUAGAUCCUAAUCAUUGAUUGAAUGGAAAGAUUAUAAUUGUGGUGUCCAUAUUAGACAGUCUCUCCUGCUGAGACUGAGGCUGUCCUAAUAUGGACACCGUACUGACUAAAUGGGUACACUAUACUGGGAAGUUGGGAUUUAAUUCAGUCUUGAAAACAAUGCUAUUUCCUAACAGGUUUGUCUUUGAGAGCUUCAUAUUCUCCAAGUACAUCCGCUACACGUUUACUGUCUACCCUGUGUUGAUUGUGGGCCUGGGAGCCAUGUUCACCAGAGGCUAUCGUGUCCAUGACCUCGCACCUAACACAGUAUACUGUGGUAAGAACAUAGAGUUGGAUAGAGGGCACACUUGGCCCAAAGCCUGUUUUAUCAUGUGCAGUGCCAUUGAGGGCUUUCACCAUUUUGAAGUAGUCAACUAGGUGGGACUUGCUAUGGGUUAAGGUAGAUCACAUAAUUCAAUCCAGGUCAGCAGGAAUUAUACUCCUGAGAAAACAUUCCCUAAGUCGCUCUGCUAAAUUUCUAAAAUGUAACUGUAAAAUCAGGUGGCAGUAAAUCAUCAACCUUGGCUUUAAACCUGUUCAGACUAUGCACAUUGCAAAGAUAGGAUAUGAGCUCUCUAGUACAUCUCUAUGGAAUGAACACAUACUGGAGUAAUACCAACCACUCACACCCACAUUCUGUAACAGAUCGAUUUUAAUGUAGGCAGAUGCUGGCCAAUGAUAACAUGAUUUUAGAGGCACAUUAUAUAUGCUGUAAUUGGAACAGUGCUAAGCUGAUGCUGCAGGCCAGUCAUAAUUGAAUACCAGAAAAACCUUGUAGACAAUUUUGUAUAAUCUGAUGAAUAACAGUUACGUAACACUUACAUUACACUUGAUUUUGUAUUUCUUGUCCCAACCACACAGGGUUCCUAAUGCUGGCAGCAACGGUCCUGAACUGUGUCCGUUUGAUUACUACAUGCUUUUACCCAGAUGACACAUCCAAGUAUUUGACCAAGGAGCCCAACCAUAAACCUGACUUCUGCAAGACUGUAUGCCAACCAAUGGGAAAGGACAGCACAAUGGCUUCACAAACUGGCUUC